AUGGCGGAGCUGGAAAGAAGAAGAAGGCCUCCUCCGCAACUGCAACAUUCUCCUUACGUUAGGGAUCAAUCCAUCUCGCCAGGAAUGACAAAGACUCCGCAAACUUCACCGCCGAAGAGGGCUAUGGGGAGAACGAGAUCAAACUCCAGAAGUAGCGGGUCCCGUUCAAAUGCAGACAUGGACCAAUAUACUAUACCAACAGACCUAGAUUCGUUACCUACCGCUUCACCCCCGCCUUCCGUCCAUCAGGCGUCACAACAACAACAGCUCUCUCCCAUAUUGGCUAACAAAGCCCGCUCUCCAUUCGAUAACAGAAGUCAGAGUCAAAAUGAUAAGGCUUUAGAAACGUCUUCGGUGAAGCAGGUAGCGAUUCCUAUACACGCAAUCCCUUCAUCUGAAUCGGGGGAAUUGUCAAAACUCCAAAAAGAUACAGCUGAGACAUUACCUGAAAUAGGAUCAUCCAAUAGCCGCAAGAAGCAUACUCAUAUAAUCAUACUAAAAUCUUUAAAUGCGACAUUUGAAACCAAAUUCCUUGUCGUACCAUUUAAACCGGACGGGUUAAAAUUAGGUCGACCAGUUACCAAUAACUUAAACAAGAAUGGGAAAACUUCAGCAUCCAAAAGAGAUUUGUUUUCACAACAAGUAAGGCCAGAUAAUGGAAACUUCGAUUCCAGAGUCCUUUCUAGAAACCAUGCUUGCUUAAGUUGUGAUCCCACAACGGGGAAGAUAUACAUCCGCGAUCUCAAGUCUAGUAACGGGACUUUCGUUAAUGGAGUUAAAAUUGACCAAAAUGAUGUAGAGUUGAAAGUUGGCGAUACUGUUGAUUUAGGUACCGACAUUGAUACCAAAUUUGAACAUAGAAAAAUUAGUGCGUACGUAGAAGAGAUUUCGGUCAUUCCUUUGAUGAAUACAGUGGCUGAUUCGACGAGUUUGAUGGCGAAGAAGCAGGAAUUUGCUAAUAAGGACGGUGAUAUUUCGACCGAUAUAAAUGGAAUAAAAUUAGACAGAGCGCAUCAUACUCAACACAUCCCGCUACGAUCUCAUUUAAAUGAGAAUUAUACAGAAGCUGGUGUAACGUCUGCCACAACAGCCCAAAGGGCAGCUUUUGAAGCUGCCAUGUUCGGAGAUGUUAAUAAUAUAGAACUAGAUGACGAUAUCCUAGGAUUAGAAACCGAGGUUCUCAGUGGGAUUUUCAUUAACAAUUCUGCCGGAACAAGCAUGAACUUAAUAAAUAUGAUAAAGACGUUAACUACUGAAUUAUCUUUAGAAAGUCAAGAAAUGGAAAAACUACACUCCAUGCAAAACUUUGUGACAAAUUAUACCGCAAACUUGGAUUCUAUAAACAAGCAUAUGAUUGAAAUGAAUGAGAAGCAUCUACUCAAGCUAAGCACGGCCUUACAGAAAACUCUUUCUGAAAACAAUGACGCACUACUCAAAGAAUCUGAAGAUCAGUUAAAAGAGAUGAAUCAACAAAACAACAAAAUCAAGUUUGCAUGUAGUUUGAAAGAAAAGCAAAACAAUGAAAUACUUGAAGAUCUAGAAAGUGAACUUAAGGAUCUGAACGUCCAAAUAGAAGAAGAGAGACAAAAAAAUUCGACUUUAAAACAUAGUAAUUCAAGCAAUAAUAUCAAUAACGGAAAUAACACCAAAGCCAAGUCAGAAGAUUUAAAGGAAGACACAAAAGAUAGUCAAGAGACGUUAGUUAGUACUGAAGAAGUAGGCAUUGUCGAGAGCAAUAAACCAAAAGUCGGUAAAGGAAUGCUUUUCGGGAUUAUUGCUAUUUCAUUUGGAUUAGCUGCAACAGCUGUUAAGCAAUUGCCGCAUUAA